CGGUGGGUUCGGGUUGUGGGGCCGGACGGAGCAGGACUUGUUUUGGGGUGUUUUCCGUUUUAUCGACCGAUUUUUACGCUUUUUCGCCUUGUUUUUAUCAUUCCGACUUUAUUUUUCCUAUCGAUAUUUUGUUUUCUGCGCCUUGCGGGCGCCUGCGGAGCGGUGCGCGGCUUUCCCCCCGCGCCCGCGGGCCGGCUCUGCCCCUCGGCCCCUUCCCGUCCACCGAUGCUCAACAUGACCGAGGAGCACGACAAAGCGCUGGAGGCUCCGUGCAGCCCCACGGGCACCACCAGUUCCAUGUCCCACGUGGACUCGGACUCCGACUCGCCGCUGUCCCCCGCCGGCUCCGAGGGGCUGGGCUGUGCCCCGGCGCCCGCUCCGCGCCCGCCCGGCGCCGCUCCGAUGGGCACUAAGGUGGACGCGGCCGAGGUGGACGAGCGCUUCCCCGCCUGCAUCCGCGACGCCGUCUCGCAGGUGCUGAAGGGCUACGACUGGAGCCUGGUGCCCAUGCCCGUCCGCGGUAACGGAUCGCUUAAGGCUAAGCCGCACGUCAAGCGGCCCAUGAACGCCUUCAUGGUGUGGGCGCAGGCCGCCCGCAGGAAGCUGGCUGACCAGUACCCGCAUCUGCACAAUGCCGAGCUCAGCAAGACCCUGGGCAAGCUCUGGCGCUUGCUAAGUGAAAAUGAGAAACGUCCCUUUGUGGAAGAAGCCGAGCGGCUCAGGGUCCAGCACAAAAAGGAUCACCCGGAUUAUAAAUACCAGCCCCGGAGGAGGAAAAGCGUGAAAGCCGGACAGAGCGACUCCGACUCUGGUGCUGAGCUCAGCCACCAUGCGGGCACCCAGAUCUACAAAGCGGACAGCGGGCUGGGGGGCAUGGCCGAGCCCCACCACCACGGUGAUCACACAGGUCAGACCCACGGACCACCCACCCCCCCCACCACCCCCAAAACCGACCUCCACCACGGCAGCAAGCAGGAGCUGAAGCACGAGGGCCGCCGCCUCGUGGAAAGCGGCCGCCAGAACAUUGACUUCAGCAACGUGGACAUCUCCGAGCUGAGCAGCGAGGUCAUCAACAACAUGGAGACCUUCGACGUGCACGAGUUCGACCAGUACCUGCCGCUCAAUGGCCACGCUGCCAUGCCGGCCGACCACGGCCCCAACGCUGCUGCCGGCUCUUAUGGCGCUUCCUAUUCCCACUCGGCCACGGGCACCGGUGGGACCAGCCAGGUUUGGACUCACAAAAGCCCGGCCUCGGCAUCGCCGUCGUCUGCUGACUCGGGCCAGCAAAGGCCCCACAUCAAAACGGAGCAGCUGAGCCCCAGCCACUACAGUGACCAGUCCCACGGCUCCCCUGCGCACUCCGACUAUGGCUCCUACAGUGCCCAGGCUUGUGCCACCACUGCCUCCACCGCCACGGCUGCUGCCUCCUUCUCCAGCUCCCAGUGUGACUACACGGACCUCCAGAGCUCCAACUACUACAACCCCUACCCUGGCUACCCCUCCAGCCUUUACCAGUAUCCCUAUUUCCACUCCUCCCGCCGGCCCUAUGCGACACCCAUCCUCAAUGGCUUGUCCAUCCCACCGGCUCACAGCCCCACUGCUAACUGGGACCAGCCGGUCUAUACGACCCUGACGAGGCCUUAAAGGAUGUGUGGAGCCCCUGAGGGCUUCCCCGACAUAUGCACUAAUGAAGGAAUGAAGACGAAGAGUGUGGAGUGCCAUGAUCAGUUGCCGAAGUGCCUCCUGAGCCGCUGGGAACUCUGCUCGUUGCGACUGGAUGUCCCCUUGCUUCUAAACUCUCCGAAAGGACAGAGCUCUAUUUUUCUUUAAUACAAUUAAA